GAUUUACUUAUAUUUUACUUUAUAGUAUAGAAUAAUGGCCAAAUCUAUAGAAUCAUUGAUUAAAAUAAUAAGAGAACUUCCAGACAUCAGUCAACGAAAAGUUUGUGCUUUAAUUGGUGCUACUGUUGGGGAUGCUGCUUGUCGACCUUUACACUGGAUUUACAAUCAAGAAACCUUAGAUAAUAUUCUUGGAGAUGAAAAAACACCUGAAUUCUGGCCUGAAAGCAAAUCUCCCUUUUAUACUAUUCCAUUAGGACAUCGAAGUUGUUACAAUGAAGAAGCUCUUACUACUAUGGCUGCUAUAACCAAAAAUGAAGGUGUUAUUGAUAUUAAGAAAAUCUGUGAAAAUUUCAAAAUAAAUUUUGGUGCUGGAACAGAAUAUGAUGCUGCUCUUAAACGAAGAAAAGCGCAAUAUGAUCCUGCAAAUCGAAAUGCAUUCCCUGGUGCAGUUGAGGGCCCUUGGAUACAUGGAGCUGUGAUCAAGUUUUUAGAAAACUAUGAAUUGUAUGCAGAAUGUUUUUCAGGGGAUAGUGAAGGAAACGAUUUAGAUGCGUUUUGUGCAGCAUUACCAAUAGUUGUUAAGUUAAGUGACAAAGACAACAUGUGGGAAAAAUCGUUAGAAGUAGUAAGGUUGUUUUCAACUCAUUCAGAUUCAUUAAAGUUUGUGGAAGCUUCUGCAUGUUUGGUGCAGGCUUUUAUUCAAGGUGUCAAUGACCCAAUAGCUGAAGCUAAGAAAAACAUACAUGCUGAUGUCUUGGAGCAUAUGUUAGAAGUAGAAGCAAAUUUAGACAAACCGUUUAUUCCAACUGUAGCUAAGUUUGGCAAAGCAUGUUCUUUACCUGGCUCAUUCAAAGGUGCCUAUCUCUGUUUAUUGUCAACAGGGUCUUUUGUUGAUGCGAUUCGUUUAAAUAUCACAGCUGGAGGUUGUAAUUGCUCCAGAGGAAACUUGAUUGGUGCUGCUUUUGGAGCAAAAUUUGGAAUUGAUGGUAUUCCUGUUGAAUGGUUGAACAAAGUUGAUAACAUUGAAAACAUUGUUCAGCAAGCAAUAGCAAUUUCUUCGUAAAUUACAAAUUACUUUUUUUAUUUUAAAAAAAUAAAAGUUUUUGUUUGUA